GGGUGGUUGCAUCAGCACCAGUUGAUCAAGUUCUUUUUACCCUCCUCGUCCUGAGGUGGUAGCCUUGCACCACAUAACUUCAAUCAGCUUGGAUUCCAUCCUCAAAAGUCACAAGAGAACAUCAAAUUGUACAGUAAUAACUGCCGGGCGCACUCGUAAUCACCGCUUUCCACUGGCCAGCCAGCCAGUAAUUCAGGCUCAUUAGACAAAUACUCCUGGUCUUGGACUUGGGUGACAGGAAUCCACCGCCAAGCUUAUCAUGAACUUUGUUGCUCCCAACUCGCUCACCAAUCGCUUUUAAACCUCGGCCUGUGAUUUCCGCAACAUGUUUCUUUCCACGGCCCGCGCACCCGCUCGCUGGUCCGCGAGACGACUUUCCUAUCGGGCGUUCCAGCAACGAUGGGCAUCAAACUCGAAAAUAAAUAAAUCCCGAGACCGCUUCUCGGUUCUGGCUGGCCGGGGGGUUUCCAAACAAAGUGUUCUCGACUGCGUAGCGUCGACAGACAAGACUCCCUCUGGAUCCCCAACUCCUGAUGCAUCGGCAAUACUUGUUUCCAGGGAUCUGGCCAGAUGGCUCGACGACACGGACUUCAUGUCGGCGCUCCUCCAGCAGCUUCACCCGGAGGCUAUCGGCUCGGGUCAGGAUCUGAGCGUUUUAACCGCGGUUGUAGACGGCCUAUGUCCACGGUCUCGCGGAGGAUCGGCCUCUAGCGGCCUCUCCAUCCUGCAGGGCGAUGCCACCACCAUCCUGCCGGGGCUUUGGAGCGGCGGGGAUUCAAACGCGCCGCUACGCCUCGAUGCCCGCCCGGCCCUCUCGGUGCGCCUCAGCCCACUGCUCGGUGACUUUCGCCCGGUUGACGUCACAUUGCCCGUAGCCAACACUGUUUUUCAGAACGGGAGACCCUUCACACUACUGGCGAGCCGAUGGCGCGCCGGCGGCGCUGGAACCUCCCCCAUAGGCUCGCCGGCCCUUGUCGAUGCUUUCGAGAAAGAGGAGCAGAUCAUAGUGGCCUCGACUGAGGGAAGCAUACAGUCACAUGCCGACGUCUCGGUCUCGCUCUUCCCGCUCACCGUGCCCAGGAGGAUCACGGCCGGGCUGGGUAAUAUUGUGCGUCAAGUCGAAGCAGCCGGCGGUCCUGAAGAACAGCCGCAGCCGGCGUCGUUGGAGCUAGAGGCCGCAAUGCACGACAUAAUAGCCACGCGCUCACGACUCCUGCCUGAAGUCCCAGUCCCCAACCGGGCCUGGGCCCUGGUCGUACCUCCAAACUCCCCUAGCCUUGAAUAUUUCGUCAAGUUCCCCGUGUUUCUGGACUCUACCAUUGAGUCUGAGCAUCAGAGAGCUGAUGCCUUUGCAAGACACUUUUCCAAAGUACUUGCUGACGGAGGUCGAUUGCAUAGAGUCCUGAGCGGUGGAGGGGGUUGGGGUCUCAAGAGAGGCCUUCUAGCUAUUGACCCGGAGACAACGUAUUGCUCCGUAUCUGAGUCACGGGACCUAGAAAACUUCAUCGCAUCCUUUGGGGGCGAGGUCACUGCCGACAGUGUGAUCGCUCUAGGGUCAUACAUCCUGUUCCUUGUUGAGCCCAUGCCGCUCCCAUCGAUCUGCUCGGGCAAUGAAGUUAGUCAAAACUUGCCGUCUCUGGUGUUUGGAACAGCACCAGCCCAGAUUGCGAGUGACGAGGAAACCGAACACGCCCCUUUGCCUGCCCAGUUGGCCGCUGGCCACUUUGGCGCUCUUUCGAGCAUUGGGGCUUUCUUGCGUCUCGAAUCAGGGGCCGGCUCGGAGGCUGCCAGAGGCUCCCGACCGCACACAACGCUGACCAAGGUGGAUGUUCCAGACUCAUAUGUAUGGCAGGGGGCUAGCCGCUGGAUCUGAUUGAGCAGGCCGGCCAUUGCCAUGUUGCAUUACCCCAGGGGGGAAAUGUAUAUUCAGGGAGGAAUAUGGUUGUGCGAGUGUCCAUUUCGAGAUCGCUACAUGCACAAACGUCAUCACUCCCGAUGUAAUAUAUAGGCGCAAAUGCCUAACACGAACCUCGGGCCGCAGAUAAGGAGGGUUGAUUUGCACAUUGCAGGCAUCCCCAAGCAGUCUGAAAUCAUCUGUAAUCUCGA